AUGUCCUCAACUGGGAAAGCAUGGCAAGAUGAGCUACAGAGUUUCCUGCCACACGCAUUGGACUGUGUGGAUCCAAAGUGCGUGCGUCCUCUUUGUGUUAACUUGAAGCUUACCCUGAGACAUGCACAGCACUGUGAAAAGGGUCAACAGUGUCACAUAUGUCAAGGAAUGAAGACUCUGGCAGCUACUCAUUCCAAUUCCUGUAGAAAUUACUACUGUAAUGUACCAUUUUGCUUCCAAGCCAAGGUAGCCACGCAGCAGCAGAUGUUGAUGGACGAACUAGAGAAAGCGACUGAAGCGGUAGUUGAUUUGAGGUGUGAGCAAGUUAGCCAGGUUCUUCUAAAACAGGCAGGUGACAAUAGUGUCAACGACAGCGUCUUCGACUUCUCUUUUCCUCCAGUGCCUGUCACACAAAUAUCAACAAUUUCACCUGAUGGGACAGCUACUGGCCUAAAAAAUAUUCCUUCUUCGGACCAGGAAGUGAGUUCAGUUGCGGCAGAAAAUCCUCCAAUAGUCGACGAGGCUCCAAGUGUAAAAAAGAGCGUAAUUGAUUUAGAGUGCACCAAACGGUCAAUCAUGGGUGGUUUAGAAUUUGAACCACCAAAGAGUGCCCCACCUCAGCAAUCAAGCCACAAGAAAAGAAGUAGUGUUCCAUCUAAAACAGAACCUAUAAAGAAACGAUAUCAGCAGUUAGGUGCAAAGAAAAGAUUGUUGAGGGGUGAAUCCAUUGACAAGUCCCUGGGCCCACCAUCAAAGGUUUAUCGCGCGAAUUCUACACUUGAUUUGUCAGACCAACAGGGAUUUAAACCAAUGUCCCAGCCGGCAUCUCGUGAUCAGACCCAGGUUGAUCUGCCGGACUGUUACAUAGAUGAGAUGUUUUCGACUCCUCCGCCGUCUCCGACGUUUAAAAUGUGGUUUGAUGAAACAAUCCAAGCCAGUGAAAGUUCACUGAAAAACGUUCUUCUGGAAACUCUGUUUCAGUUGCUGGGUGUUGUCACCCAGCCCAAAACGAAACAGCAGGAAGCUUACUUUGUAGACCUGCUGGAACGCACACUCCUCUUAAUGAGAACAGAAAUAGCCAAAGAAUGA